AUGCCGGAAGAAGAGCUGCGCUGGGAGCUUCGGGUGUUCCCCGAGUCAUGGGGCUCUUCCACCGGCUGGCUCAUAGACCCCACGCUGGCCAUGCUGCAGAGGCCUGCUAGGCUCCCAGACGAUGCCUGGCCAGCAGCCCAGCAGUGGACAGAGGCCCUGCAAGCCACUGAGGAGGAUGGAACCCCAGGCACCGAGGUGGAGCCGUGGUGUGGGGGCACUGAAGACCCACCUUCUCUGUCAUCUACAGAUGGGAGCAGGAAGCUCAUAUACCUGCAGGAGCUGCCCGGGACGGACCACUGCGUCUUUUACUGCAAAGACCAGCGCCAUGGGGGUCUGUUCCGCAUGGGAGAGCUCAUCGCAUCUGCUGCCUGCAGGGCCGGGCCGCUGUCCCCACCUCUGCUGACCUGGUCACCUCACCUGCAGGUCGGAAUCCUGACACCAACCUGGAGGCCCUGGAAGAAUUUAAGAAACUCGUGCAGCGCAAGGGACUCUCAGAGGGGAAUAUUUUCAUGCCCCUACAGAUGGGAAGCUGCGUUCCCGAACACUAGGCGGCCCCCGGGUCUGCACCUCCAGAGCCCACCCUGCCACCAGACAUGGAGCCCCGGCCGCCUGGACCUACCCUCCAGCCAUGAGCCUUCCCUGACCCACCCACCUGACACCAAAUAAAGAACUUCUCC